GUUAUUAAAUACCGUCACUCUUCCUUCCCAUACACCACUACUAGCAGAGACCAGCACUAUCUAAACAUGAGCUUUUGCGAUGAAUGCUUCAAAGGUGUUACUCAUGAAGGUACCCCAAAAGGUAAAUGGGAAAAGAUCGGUGGGAUCGACUGCUAUGUCGGUAUUCCCUCCGGCAUUGAGUAUCCCAAGGACAAAAUUCUUUUGUUCCUUUCAGACGUCUUCGGUAUGCAGUUGAUCAACAACCAGCUUCUUGUCGACGAUUUCGCAGAUAACGGAAUCUUGACUUACGGAGUAGACUAUUUUUUCGGCGAGCCCAUCCCAGCAAAUGCAAUGCAACCUGGGAACACAUUCGACAAAGACGCAUGGAGAGAGAAACAUGGAUAUGAAAUUACUCGCCCUGCUGUCGAUGCCGUAGUUGCAGCGUUGAAGGAAAAAGGUGUCGUGGCCUUUGGGACGACUGGGUAUUGCUUUGGAGCUGCGUAUGCUGUCCCUCUUGCCAUUGAGAAUGUCACCCAGGUCACUGCCGUAUCUCACCCUUCGCGACUCAAGGUUCCAGAGGACCUUGAAAAAUAUUGCUCUGUAUCCAAGGCGCCCUUCCUGAUCAACUCAUGUGAAGAAGACGCCAUGUUCCCUGCUGAAGCGCAGGCUAAAGCUGAUGUAAUUUUUGGAGAUGGCAAGUUUGCUCCAGGAUACAGGCGGGAGUAUUUUUCUGGAUGCAAGCAUGGAUUUGCUGUUCGUGGGGAUAUGAGCGAUCCGAUGGUGAAGGCUGGUAAAGAGGGUGCUUUCAAGUCUACAGUAGAGUGGAUGAAGAAAUAUUUGUGAACCGGGGGGGUACGCCGCGUGGUAUUCAAAGAGUAAUGAAGUAUUGAAUCAAGUUUUAUUCUGACCGCCCGAUGCGUUAUUGAAACCAAUAAAUAGAUAAAAUACUCAAGU